GUAGUGAAGCAGAAACGUCGUCGUUUCCACGCUUUAUAAAAGCGUGUUUACCGUGUUGUGUUUAACAACGCUUUGGCUUCUGUUGGCGGAGAUCAAGAAUGGAAUCAGUGGAAAUUGAUCGAGGAGAAACUAUGUCUGAAGGAGGAAAGGGAAAAGAAUUGAAGCAAAUCAUAGUAGUAUUAAUGGGUCUGCCGGGAAGUGGAAAAUCAACCUUUUGCGAGGAAGUGGCGAAGAUUUCUUGCCGCCCAUGGGUCCGCGUUUGCCAGGAUUCAAUCAAUAAUGGUAAAGCUGGGACAAAAAACCAGUGUUUAUCUGUUGCAGCUAAUGCUUUGAAGGGUGGUAAGAGCGUGUUGAUAGACAGGUGUAACAUUGACAGGGAGCAGAGGGCAGAGUUUCUGAAACUUGGUGGUCCAGAAACAGAGAAACAUGUUGUGGUGCUUGAUCUACUGCCCACGCUUUGUAUCUCUCGUUCCGUGAAGCGUACUGGGCAUGAGGGCAACUUACAAGGCGGUAGAGCAGCUGCAGUUGUGAAUCACAUGGUGCCGAAGAAGGAACUCCCUAAACUGAGUGAAGGGUUUGACCGGAUUAUGUUUUGCUACAAUGAGAAAGAUGUGAAAGAAGCUAUCAAUCUGUAUGGUUCUCUCACCCUGGACGAUUCUCUUCCUUCUGGUUGUUUCGGACAGAAGAGUUCGAAUUCCACGGUUCAAGUUGGGAUCAUGAAAUUUUUCAAAAAAGGAGAUGCUUCCGGAAAUGCUAAAUCUGUGGCGAAAGACUCUGGCAAUCAGGGAGCAAAAACGGGUUCUCAUACAGCCUGUGAUGCUCUUCAGAAGAUGAGGGAAGGCGGUGAAUUGGACAUGACCUCUACUUCAGGUUCUACUGCUUCUGGCAGCAUUCCAACUUUGGCAUUUCCAUCCAUUUCUACUGCAGAUUUUCAAUUUGAUCUUGAGAAGGCAUCCAACAUUAUUGUUGAGAAAGUUGAGGAAUAUAUUGGUAGGAUUGGAAAGGGUAAACUUGUUUUGGUAGAUUUGUCUCGUGGAUCAAAGAUAUUGUCCCUGGUUGAGACCAAGGCUGCGAAGAAGAACAUUGAUUCCAACAAGUUUUCUACAUUUGUUGGAGAUAUAACUCGACUCCGUUCUCAGGGAGGUUUACACUGCAACGUAAUUGCUAAUACCACGAACUGGCGUCUAAAACCGGGAGGUGGAGGAGUAAAUUCUGCUAUAUUUAAAGCUGCAGGCCCUGAGCUAGAAGUUGCAACCAAGGAAAGAGCUGAAACCCUUGCUCCUGGGAAAUGUGUGGCCGUGCCACUUCCUUCAUCUUCUCCAUUGAUUGCUGAAGGUGUGACUCAUGUUAUUCAUGUUCUCGGACCGAAUAUGAACCCCAUGAGACCCGACUGCCUUAAAGACAACUAUUCUGAGGGAUGCAAGAUUCUUCGUGAAGCUUACUCGUCACUAUUUGAAGCCUUUGUUUCUAUAGUAGAGUCCAAUAACAAGGAUCAAAAUGGCAAAAGAGCAGCAGAUUAUAUACCUGAGAGCAACAAGAAGAGCAAGGGUUCAACUUGGGGCACAUGGGCUCAAGCUCUUCACAAGAUUGCAAUGCAUCCUGACAAUCAUAAGGAUGUUGUGCUUGAGGUUUCGGAUAACGUCGUAGUGAUAAAGGAUUCUUAUCCAAAGGCACAACAGCACCUCUUGGUCAUUGCACGACUUCCUGGUCUCGACAGCAUUGCCGAUGUCCGCACUGAACACAUUCCAUUAUUGAAAGAAAUGCAUGCUGUUGGCUUGAAAUGGGCCGAAAAGUUCAUUCUUGAAGAUAAGUCACAGUCAUUCCGCCUCGGCUACCAUUCAAUCCCCUCAAUGCGGCAACUGCACCUUCACAUGAUAAGCCAGGACUUCGACUCGAGUCAUCUGAAGAACAAGAAGCAUUGGCUUUCAUUCAAUUCUCCAUUCUUCCUAGAUUCAUUAGAUGUGAUUGAGGGACUCGAAAAGGGUGGAAAGCUCAGUUUGGCAAAUGAAACGUGCUUUGCAGGGCCAUUGCGUUGCCAUCGCUGUCAAAGUGUAAAUCCAAACAUACCUAAACUCAAGAACCAUAUUCGCUCUUGCAAAGAGCCCUUCACAUGUCUACUCGAAGCUGGUUGUCUUAUUUCCUCGGAAGGCAAGUAUAGAUAACCUGAUUCCAGCAGUGUACAAGUCGCCGCCCUUUAGUACUUUUCAGCUUUGUUUUUGGACAAGUUGUAUGCAUUUGUCAUAAAUGUAUUUUUAGGCCGCCUCUUUUGGGGUUCAAACUAUGUUAGAUUGUUGUGAGAAGGUAGGUUAGCUAGUGCUUUGGGUGCUUGUACUAUCAAACUAUGUAAUGUUAUUUUGGUACAUAAUUUUAAUCUAAUGUCUCGUAUUAUUAUA